AUGUCUUUCUUUAAGAAGCUCUUCAAGUCCGAGCCCCCACUUCUGGUGGAAGGACAGGAGCCGAGUGGCCCGCUGCCACAACGCGUACUGAUGAAAACAAAUUUCGGCGACAUUGAGCUUGAGUUGCACACCGAACAGACUCCCAAGACAUGCCUGAACUUUAUCACGCUCUCCAACGCGGGCAAGUACGACAGCAGCAUCUUCCACCGCGUCAUCAAGGGCUUCAUGAUCCAGGGCGGCGACUUCACCCGCGCCGACGGCACCGGCGGCAAGUCGGCCUGGGGCGGCAAGUUCGAGGACGAGAUCGUCCGGGGCCUGUCGCACGACGGGCCGGGCGUGCUGAGCAUGGCCAACGCGGGGCCGGGGACCAACGGCAGCCAGUUCUUCAUCACCCUGGGCGCGUGCGACCACCUGGACGGCAAGCACACCGUCUUCGGGAGGAUCCCCGCGCACUCGCAGGGCAGCAUGGACACGUUGAAGAAGAUUGGCGGCGUGAGGACGGAGAUGCAGGACCGCCCGACGCAGACGGUCAAGAUCGUCGAGUGCCGGAGCCUGUAG